ACGACGUAUAGGAGUACGAAGGUUACGUAAAUAAUGAAUAAUAUUAAGAGUUUGGAGUUUACAUGUGUGAAUGUUGUUUCAUAGCUAAAUGAAGUUGGCGAUUUAUAUAAUAAAAAUGAUUUAGGUUCUAAGUAACAAAUUUACAGCUUUGAAAUUGGUGUAAUGGUCCGAAUAUGGUCGAUCUCUGAUAGUAGAUGACAGUAGGUUAACCUUAAAACCCAAACAUACAUUACUUUAUUGGCACAAAGUGGUGCUUAUUUUAUAUACUAUGGCGUGCUUUCUUAUUAAUAGACAUGAUACAGAAAUUGCAAUUCCAAAUGCGGAAAAGAAUGACAACUUCAUUGUUUACAUGAUUGUGGUGAGAGUGGGCAGUAUAUCAUGGACAGUACAUCAUCGGUAUAAUGAUUUUGUUGAACUUCACGAGAAGCUUGUUUCAGAUCAUGGGGUAGCAAAGGAUAUUUUACCACCAAAGAAAAUGAUUGGUAAUCGAGAGCCAGCUUUCAUUGAGAAAAGAAGAGGAGACCUUGAAGUGUAUCUAAAAUCAGUUGUCAGUUUCCUUCAACGUGCAAUGCCGAGAGAAUUGGCAUUAUUUCUGGACUUCCAUCUUUAUGAUAUUCUGUUUCUACUGCAAAACCUGGCCAUGCAUUUUUUUGUGGAUGGGGAUGCCUUAUUACAGAUGUCCAAGAGUUCCACAUUCUCUCCAUUUCAGCUACAUGCCAUCAGUGAAAGGUUGAAGCAACCGUGCCCUCCUAUCGAAACUGUGGAUAACAGAUAUGAUUUUAGUCAUGUACUGGACUUCUGUUGUCAACUCACAGAUGUUACAGUUAAAGGCAGUAAUGAACCUGUCGGUACCAGUAAUAUUAUACCAAACAAUCUUCUAUUUGAAAUGUCUGCUUUUAAGACAGUAGAGAGAUUAAAUCUAAUUGGUUUUCCAGUUUCCAACAUUUUCAGUAUUGGUAUCCUGCGCAAUACUGUUAGCUAUCUGAAUGUUCAGUAUGCUGAACUCAAAGCAAUCACACAAGUUCUCUUAUGUGAUGACUUGCACAAAAAUGUGAUCUAUACAGGUGAAUCUCACUCAUGGAAGAAGAUUGUUGAAGCAAAUUUUAGUCACAAUGAAAUUGAAACUAUUGAUGAAGGUGUGAAACUGAUGCCAAAUAUUGAACAAUUAACUCUCAGUGACAAUAAAAUAGGUGCCUUGAGUAAUUUGACAUCAUUGCCCCAUCUGUCACAUCUUAGUCUUUCAGCCAAUUGCUUUAGUGAAGCAAAUGAUUUUCAUAUGAAGCUUGGAAAUAUUCGUUACAUUGACCUUUCUCUAAAUGGUAUUAGUUCCUUGCAAGGAUUUUCCAAACUGUACUCCCUGGAGGGUCUUGAUCUCACUUCAAACCGCAUAUCUGAAUUGUCGGAAAUAAAGCAUAUAAGUGGCUUGCCUUGCCUGGAGAAUCUGACCCUGACAGGUAAUCCAGUCGCUGUAGUUGUUGAUUACAGAGUCCGAGCCCUGGAACAGUUUGGAGGAAGGGCAGCUGAAAUUUGUCUAGAUAAUGAAAAACCCUCACAGAAAGAGUUAGAUACUGUUGCAGUUCUCCAGGCAAUAAGAAUCGUGAAAGAAGGCAGAACACCUACUUUCAGUCCUGAAGCCCCCACUUUUCCAUAAUCUCUAAUCUUUAUACAGAAUUCUUGGUACCAGACGUGUAAUAUAUAAUGGCAUGUUUUAAAUGCUGUGGUUAAAACUAUGUUAUGAACUUCAUUUGUUUCAUUAUAGUUAUAAUCUUGUUAUCUUUAAAUAUAUAAAUGUUAAAUAUUGUUGAAUGGCACCAUGGUUUUUACAUUUGAUUUGAAUCAAAAGCAUAUACUAGUUUUGUAUACAAUAUAUAUAAAGUCAGGUAAGGGCAUACAUUAUCUACUAUGAAUGGUCAGUAAAGUAACAUAUACUGAAGUAAGCUGAUAGGAAGUAGGUACAAAACUAAAGACCAAGUUCUAAAAAUCUUUGUUAGAUGAGUCUGUAUGUCCAGUUUUAAUAUAUGAUAACAUAUUAUUUUUCCAGGUCUUAAUUAUCCUGUCUAAUUUGUUUGCCUUCAUAUCCUGCUUCUUUGAGAAGUCAGUCAUCUUUAAGUGUCAGGAUUAAUAGUGCUCUAAAUACGACUUAUUCAUAUUAUGGCAAGGACUACAAACGAAUCCUUGAUAAUAUGAAUGUGAAAUAAAAUUUGUCAAGCUUUUUUCAUCCCUUGGAAACUUCAUUUGCCAAAAUUUAUACAUAUAUUUCAUAUAUAACUUGCUUUUCUUAAUUUUUUAUUUCUGUGUGUUCUGAAUAGUUAUAAGUUUGACUGUUAUACUGUCUGAAUGUGACGGUACAGAACAAAUACCAAUACUCAGAAUAAGUUUUAUGAAGAAAGUAUUUCAGGUUCUGGGGAACAAAUGAGAAAGAUAUUUGUAAGGCAUAAUUUAGCCUUCUCUGUGACUGAUGGUGGAGUGUAAAGAUGUAAGAACUGUUGUCAGUGAAAUUAAUUUUUAAAAAUGUUUGAAAUAUACAGUUAAUUUAUUCUU